AUGGCUCUCUCAUUGGAUCUCCACCUGGUUAGUGCUCAAUACCCUCCCCCGGAAGAUGUCGAUAGCCAAGCAGCCCUUCGGUUGCUGGGCGAAACGAUCCACCCCCUGAACAGCAUUCCCAUCAUCUUCAUCGCCGAUAUCAACGGUCUUGCGGUGGGUGGCGGAAACGAAUUCGCUGUGAACAUGGACAUGCGCUUUGCUGGUCCCGAUGCGCGUUCCGGCAUCCCAGAGGUAGCUGGCGGCGUUGUCCACGGUGGCGGUCUGCACAGGUUGGCGCAGCUUAUAGGGCCGGCGCGGGCACUGGAAUGGAAUCUUUCUGCGCGAGCCAUCGACAGUAAAGAAGCAUCGAGAAUUGGCUGGGUUAAUUCCGCGUUUGAGAGUAGGGAGCUGUUGAGAGAAUAUAUGGAUGACUUUGCGGAGAGGGUUCCCAAGCUCCCGCGAGGCGGGAUAGAAGCCACGAAGAAGGGAAUUCAGGAGACUCUCGCUGGGGUCGGAGGCAUGGAAAAACGAUAUGAAGAGGCUCGUUCAGUUGGCACAUACUCAGGAGGCACAGGUAUUUAUUAUUGCACCGGCGAUACCACAUUUCGCACAACUGUCAUUACUCGCUUCUCGGUUACCCUUGCAGCUGUUGUCAUCAAAACUGCCGGUGUCCUAUUGGACGAAACUAGGACAAUAUCAUUGGUUGGCCGCCAGAUACGAGUUCUACGCAUCGAACCUGCGAAAACGCUGUCCAGUGACAUUGAAUGUUCACUCUUCACAGUCUCCCUUGACAACAAUCCUACCUACAAUGCCCUAUCCUAUCUUUGGGGUGCUCCCGACAUCACCAAGCCAUUAACCGUGAAUGGAGUUGAGAUACAGGUCACUGUGAAUCUCCAUGCGGCUUUGAGGAGAAUUCGAAAGAAGAAGAAGAGAGUCGUCUUCUGGAUCGACGCCGUAUGCAUCAACCAGCAGGAUCUUCAGGAACGAAGCAGCCAGGUCUCAUUCAUGGGAGAGAUAUACUCGAAUGCGGAGCUAGUUCUCGCUUGGCUGGGCGAGGAAGAUGAAGAUACGAGACCAGCCUUCGAGCUUAUGAAGAUAUGGACGAAGGAUUUGGAUGAGUCGGUUCAGAACGCUCGAAAUUUAACGACAACUUACCAUAACGAGCAUCGGGAAACCCUCCAGCUCUACGCUAAUAAACUCUAUGAGAGAGCUGUCAAUGACCCUACCUAUAUGCAGAAGUUAUUCGAUGACGAGCGGUUUCCAUCCAUCCGAGCGGUUUUUGACAAACCGUACUGGAAGCGGGUCUGGGUUCAACAAGAGCUUUUCCUUGCCCCUCUGGCUAUUCUUUUGUGUGGUGAUCAACAGAUCUCGUUGAAUACGUUGUUUACUUUCGUGAGAACACGGACAAGUAUUUUCUACAACUUCUUAGAUCAAGGACAACUAGACACGAUCCCUCCAUUGCAAAGGGAUCUCGGCGUCCCAGUGAUCGCACAACUGAUCGUAGCGCCCAGAGGGAAUAUACAAGACUUACUUCAUACUACACGAUCAUGUAAAUCAUCAGAUCCCCGGGACAAAUUAUACGGCAUGCUAGGAUUGCACAUCGAGCAAGGGAUCUGUAUCAAGAUAGACUACCAGAAGUCCGUGGAAAGAGUCUACGCAGAGCUCGUACAUGUGCUGGCUGCAUCUACCGGCUACCUCUUCGUCGACGGCUCCAACGGCAUCGGUGUGUUCAGGAUGGAGGCCGUCCCUGAAGCUCUUCCCUCAUGGGUGCCUGACCUCACAGAAGACAGCGGGUCUAUAGCAAAAGUUCUGGGUGUGGGCGAAGGAUGGACCGGAGCUGUAGGGAACAAGAGAGCUGAAAUACACGAUUCCGGGAGUUUGGCCAUUCUGAAGGCGUCUGGUCUACUACUCGAUCGUACGUCAACUACUACCGCCAUAACCGGAGGCUAUAAUUUCGACACAAAGUCCUUUGAUUCCAUGUGGAACGUUGCUUUAUACAGGACCUUACUCCUGCUCGGGGAAAGAACCGCACUGGAAGACGAAAACAACGCACGCCUCGCAUUCGGCUUUAUGGCAUGCGUGGUUAACCGCUCGAGAUCGGGGCCUCACCCCAAGUUUUUAGCCUUCUGCGAACGUUUUGGACUACUACAUCUGCUCAAAGAAGAUUCUCCUCAUCUCGGUAUCCGCUACCUCGAGGCUACCGGGGAAGUUGACUAUCUAUCGGAGAGACUGGAACGGCGCAGCGAUGCCGAACGUCUGAUAUCUCCUACCGAAAGAGAGCUUUUAUCGGGAUUCUGGGGCAGUGAGGACAUUACACUAAGCACUCCUGAGCUGGAGUCGAAUAUUCUGAAUGCUGAUUUUCUAAUGAUAAGUUUUGAAGAGCGGGCGUGGAUAUGGAUGCACCACCAUUCUAUUUUCCUUACCAGUACAGGCUACGUAGGACUAGGUCCAUUUGGUAUCUGCGAAGGGGACCAAAUUUGCAUCUUACUUGGAGCCAAGCUCCCACUAGUCAUCCGCUCGGCCGGGGAUACCUAUCAGGUCGUCGGGCCGUGCUUCAUAUACGGCAUGAUGGAUGGGGAGAUGAUGGAGAAACUUGACAAAGGGGAACUUGCUCUCCAAGAGCUUACAUUCAAGUAA